AUGUCAGGAAUCGAUGUCGAAGCUCUUCUCGAGUCCACAGCUACUCCCGACGUAAAAGACUCUCCUCGAGACAAUGAAGACCGCCACCGAACCGAACGCAACGAGCGCCGUGACAAGGACAAGUCCCGUGAUGGCUCACGAGACCGUGAUAGGGACCGCGACCGAAAAAGACGGGAUCGAAGCCGAGAACACCGUAGAGAUCGAGAUCGAGAUAGAGACAGAGAUGAUGACAUAAAAAGCCCCAGAAGCGAACACGGCUCUGCUAAUGGCAGUCAUAGGAGCAGGAGGAGGAGCCGAAGUCGCGAAGAUGACAGAAGACGCUCCAGACGCGACGAUGGUCAUCAUCGUCGGCGAUCGAGAUCUCCAGAAUAUGAUCGCUACUACCGGCCAGAAGGACGAUCACGCCGUGAUGACGAUGAGCGCCGAGAUCGUGACAAGGGUGACAGAGACCGUCGUCGCUCUCAAAGUCCCAAGAAGAGUCUGAAGAGCAAGACACCAGAACCACAACUUACUGAGGAUGAGCGUGACAGGAGAACUGUUUUCGUACAACAACUUGCCGCUCGACUUCGAACCAAAGAGUUGAUUCAAUUUUUUGAAAAGGUUGGCCCGGUCAAAGAAGCGCAGAUUGUUAAGGAUCGCGUCAGCGGACGUUCCAAAGGUGUUGGCUAUGUUGAGUUCAAAGAUGAAGAUUCGGUACCCCUCGCCAUUCAGAUGACUGGACAGAAACUACUCGGGAUUCCCAUUAUUGCUCAACUCACUGAAGCAGAAAAGAAUCGCCAAGCUCGCAACCCCGAGGCCAGCAGUAGCAACCAUAAUUCCGUCCCAUUCCACCGCCUUUAUGUUGGAAAUAUUCACUUCAGCAUAACUGAGCAGGAUUUACAGAACGUCUUCGAACCUUUCGGUGAGCUCGAGUUCGUGCAACUCCAAAAAGAUGAUACGGGUCGCAGUCGUGGAUAUGGCUUCGUACAAUUUCGUGAUCCCAACCAAGCUCGUGAGGCUCUCGAGAAGAUGAAUGGCUUUGAUCUUGCAGGUCGCCCGAUCCGUGUGGGUCUAGGCAACGACAAGUUCACCCCCGAAUCGACGGCCAAUCUGCUUCAGCGCUUCCAGGGACAAAACCAGACUGGCUAUCAAGGCUCUGCUUUCUCUGGAUCUGGUGGACGAGGUGCUCACGCUGGCGGCUCUGGCGGAACCUUCGAUCGCGCGGGUGGCCGCGACAAUGACAAAGGUACUGGCGGCGCGAGCGCUUUGGACGAUACAGACGUUGCCGGUGUGAACUUCAACAACUAUAGCAGAGAUGCAUUGAUGCGUAAACUCGCCAGGACAGACGAUUCAAACGCCGAAUCCGAGAAGAAACCCAUUGUUCCUAAGAAGGAGAGCAAGCCUCUGCCUGUCAAUGUCAGCCAAGCGAGUCGUUGUGUCUUGCUCCGUAAUAUGUUUGACCCUGCUGAGGAAGAAGGCGACAGCUGGGUAAAGGAGCUCGAGGACGACGUGCGAGCCGAGUGUGAGGAGAAAUAUGGCCACGUCGUGCAUAUUUCGCUUGACCCGAACACUCAGGGCGACAUCUACCUGAAGUUCGAACGCGUGUCGGGUGGUGAGAACGCAAUCAAAGGCCUUAACGGUCGCUACUUCGGUGGUAGGCAAAUCAGCGCGCAGCCCGUCGUUGACGCCGUCUACAGCAGCUUGUUCUCUAGGACCAAGGCAUUGUGA